AUGAAGUUAGCGGACCUUCGAGAGUUUUUGAGUAAAGAUAAGAGUCACCAGGAUUUGAAGCUAGUAAAUAGUUCUGGUGAGGAAGUGGAUGAUAUCGUAUCAGCAGAAUAUGUUACUAUCAAUGGAGAAAACAAAAAACUUGAUGAGCCAACAGAGUUUAGCUUAGAUGGUCAACAAGUGCCGUUGAGAGUUGUUGUUCAUUGUUGGUUACAUCGUGAGUCCAGCGCAGCCGAUUAUUUGGCAGACUGUCAGGCCAAACAAUUAACAAAUGUGUCUUUCUUGCAAAGAAAUGAUUUGAUCCAAUGGUUGUCUGGGGAGACAGAAACUUCUCAGUAUGUCAAUGUUGGCAAAAAGGCUGGCGACAAUGACAAAACUGAUUUGUCCGCGUCUACAUCUACUAAGACAGAGGGCAACAAUGUGGUAAAAGACAAGGGUGAAGUAUUCCCUCAUGAGCGUGCUCUUUUAGAUCAUAACUCAUCACUUAGAGGUUCAAAGCCAACGAACUUCCAUUAUCUAAUAAAAGAAGCGGAAUUGAAAUUAGUACAUUCUUUCAAGACCGCUACGAAAUCAAAGGGUGGAGUUUCCAAGCCUGCGCACGGCAAAUCAAAACCAUCUACACAGAAGGAUCCAAUCAUCUUAAUCCCAUCAGCGGCAUCUUCUAUUUUCACCAUUGCCAACAUCAAGCAAUUCCUAGAAGAAUCGAAAUAUAUCAAUCCCAAAGAUUUGCCAAAUUCACACAAGGACCUAGUAACAGCGGUGAAGAAGUUCGAUCGUAUAUCAAGACCGAUUAAGUUCUUGAUUGUAAAUAACACAAAGUUGUUUACUCAACCAGAAUAUUGGGACCGUGUCGUUGCUGUGUUUACUACUGGUCAUGAAUGGCAGUUUUCGAACUACCAAUGGUCAAACCCAGCAGAAUUGUUCCAACAUUGCAAAGGGUUUUAUUUCCACUUCGCUGGAGAUCUUGUCCCAAAGACUGCUGAGCAGUGGAACGUACAAAAAGUUCAACUCGAUAAAAACAAGCGUUUCAGAGACAUUGAAGUUUCUCGCUUCUUCUGGUCCAUAAUAGAAAGAGAAUUGUUAACUAGAGGCUACCACUGA